CACAUCACUAGACGAAAUACUUUCGUUUAGAACAUUUUCUGUUUAUCUGCAUCCUACAGCCGCGCCCCUUUGUGUUACUGGAGCCCAACUGCUCCAAGAAGUUUUGACUUGAUCCUGUUCUGACUUGUUUGAAGGAAAAAUAACAACCCACGAGUUGUUCGAGUUAAAUCAGAGAGUAAAAGUGUUUUUUUCUGUUCCUGCACCUACGACGACAAAGUGAAAGUACAGGUACACUGAAUGUACGACGGCGGCUGUGGAGCAUACCUGUGAUUUUUCUGCUGCUCUGCAAUGGGUUGUUUUUAUUUCCUGGCCUCGUUCUUAUUUACCUCCUGCCUCGUUCUAGGUGCUGAACCGCCUACAAAAUAUGUCCUCAAGGGGACGAGGGAGAGCUUGAAGCCGGCCUUUUCUGGACAACCAAAUUCAAUUCUGUGGAAACAUAACGGAAACAAAGUGGUGGAGUUUGACAGCAGAGAGCAGAAGGCGUAUGGAGCGUACAAAAACAGGAUCACUCUUCACUGGGUCUCGGCAGAGCUCGAAAUCACCGGCCUCAAGUUUGAAGACAGAGGACUCUAUGAAGUGGAAGUCGACAUCGGCAACAUGUUACAUCUGUCACAAUUCAAACUGGAGGUCAUAGACAAGGUUGCCAUGCCGACCAUAUCUUGUGAGAUAAACAAAGACGGUGGCUCCGAUGUUUCUGAAGUCCGGGCGACGCUGCUGUGCUCUGCAGACCCCACCCCACCUGAGUCCAUGAUGAAGUUUGAGUGGAGAGCACGGGGAAAAUCACAACCGGGACACAAGUUUAAUAUUUCUCUGGGAGACGAACGAGAUAACGAAGAAUACAGAUGUUCAGUCAGCAACCCUGUGAGCAGUGAGACGGCGACAUUCACAGCAAAGGAUUGUUAUCACGAUAAUUCAUCUGUAGCUGUGGCUGUCAGUCUGGCUGUCAUUGGUUUAAUCGUACUCGUGUUGAUCAUCGUCUUCUGCAAAAAGAGACAAAAAGCAUGUUUUGCUAAAGGACAACAGGUUGAUAAAGGACAACAGGUUGAUGAGGAGAAACAGACCAAAGGCUCAGAUAAGGGGAAGGGGAAGGAUAUCAUUCUCAAAGAAGAGACUGAUUUAGUCUUGGAAAAAGUGGAUGUCAAGAAGAGGGUACGUGAACUAAACAGAGGUCAAGCACCUGUUGUAGCUCCGAAGCCACGAAAAGGUUUCGUCAAAAAGAAGGAAGAACAGUUUGAAGAACAGUUUGAAGAAAAAGCUGAACAGACUAAAAACAUAAAAGCACCUGUUGUAGCUCCGAAGCCACGAAAAGGUUUCGUCAAAGAGAAGGAAGAAGAACAGUUUGAAGAAAAAGCUGAACAGACUAAAAACAUAAAAGAAACUUUAUCUCCUCCUACCUCUCCGUUUGGGGACUUAAUCUCUCCAAGUCUUCACGUUGACUUCGACAGAGGUGAUACAGAUGUGAUGAAACUCUCUGUAGAGGAAAAUAUCUCACAGCCUGAGCUCUCAGACUCUGAGGAGACAAAAGAACCAGAGUGUGUUGGUUUGUCUGAUGAAUCUGAACAGCCAGAGUCAGAGAAGAAUCUAGGUCAGGGUGAGGAAGCAUCGACUGACCCACUCAAAGAUCAAACCUCUUCUACUCCUGCCAACUCAAGUCCCCCAAAGACUGAGGGAGGUCCAGAUGAGGACCCUAAGGACCCUGCUGGGGGACAAAAGAACAGGUCUGAUUCAGAGGAGGUCAAUGAAGAAAAUCAAGAUGAAUCUGUCUCACAAACUGAUCCAUCAGCAUGUUUUGCUAAAGGACAACAGGUUGCUAAAGGACAACAGGAUGAUGAGGAGAAACAGACCAAAGGCUCAGAUAAGGGGAAGGGGAAGGAUAUCAUUCUCAAAGAAGAGACUGAUUUACUCUUGGAAAAAGAGAAGAAUCUAGGUCAGGGUGAGGAAGCAUCGACUGACCCACUCAAAGAUCAAACCUCUUCUACUCCUGCCAACUCAAGUCCCCCAAAGACUGAGAGAGGUCCAGAUGAGGACCUUAAGGACCCUGCUGGGGGACAAAAGAACGGGUCUGACUCAGAGGAGGUCAAUGAAGAAAAUCAAGAUGAAUCUGUCUCACAAACUGAUCCAUCAGCACCUGUUGUAGAUACGAAGCCACCAGAAGGUUUCGUCAAAGAGAAGGUAGACAACAUUGAGAAGGUUGAAAAAGCUGAACAGACUAAAAACAUAAAAGAGUCAGAGAAGAAUCUAGGUCAGGGUGAGGAAGCAUCGACUGACCCACUCAAAGAUCAAACCUCUCCUACUCCUGUCAACUCAAGUCCCCCAAAGACUGAGAGAGGUCCAGAUGAGGACCCUAAGGACCCUGCUGGGGGACAAAAGAACGGGUCUGAUUCAGAGGAGGUCAAUGAAGACACUCAAGAUGAAUCUGUCUCAGAAACUGAUCCAUCAGCAUGUUUUGCUAAAGGACAACAGGUUGAUAAAGGACAACAGGAUGAUAAAGGACAACAGGAUGAUGAGGAGAAACAGACGUUAACCAAAGGCUCAGAUAAGGAGAAGGAUCAGGAAGGUGAAACCAGUCCUCUUCUUGCCGAAACGCCUCCGUCUGAUCAGCGACUCAAUGUGAGCGACCCUCCAGAGUCAGAGAAGAAUCUAGGUCAGGGUGAGGAAGCAUCGACUGACCCACUCAAAGAUCAAACCUCUCCUACUCCUGCCAACUCAAGUCCCCCAAAGACUGAGAGAGGUCCAGAUGAGGACCCUAAAGACCCUGCUGGGGGACAAAAGAACGGGUCUGAUUCAGAGGAGGUCUAUGAAGACACUCAAGAUGAAUCUGACUCACAAACUGAUCCAUCAGAUCCAGAGAAGAAUCUAGGUCAGGGUGAGGAAGCAUCGACUGACCCACUCAAAGAUCAAACCUCUCCUACUCCUGUCAACUCAAGUCCCCCAAAGACUGAGAGAGGUCCAGAUGAGGACCCUAAGGACCCUGCUGGGGGACAAAAGAACGGGUCUGAUUCAGAGGAGGUCAAUGAAGACACUCAAGAUGAAUCUGUCUCAGAAACUGAUCCAUCAGCAUGUUUUGCUAAAGGACAACAGGAUGAUGAGGAGAAGCAGACCAAAGGCUCAGAUAAGGAGAAGGAUCAGGAAGGUGAAACCAGUCCUCUUCUUGCCGAAACGCCUCCGUCUGAUCAGCGACUCAAUGUGAGCGACCCUCCAGAUCCAGAGAAGAAUCUAGGUCAGGGUGAGGAAGCAUCGACUGACCCACUCAAAGAUCAAACCUCUCCUACUCCUGCCAACUCAAGUCCCCCAAAGACUGAGAGAGGUCCAGAUGAGGACCCUAAGGACCCUGCUGGGGGACAAAAGAACGGGUCUGAUUCAGAGGAGGUCAAUGAAGAAAAUCAAGAUGAAUCUGUCUCACAAACUGAUCCAUCAGCACCUGUUGUAGAUACGAAGCCACCAGAAGGUUUCGUCAAAGAGAAGGUAGACAACAUUGAGAAGGCUGAAAAAGAUCAACAGACUAAAAACAUAAAAGAGUCAGAGAAGAAUCUAGGUCAGGGUGAGGAAGCAUCGACUGACCCACUCAAAGAUCAAACCUCUCCUACUCCUGCCAACUCAAGUCCCCCAGAGACUGAGAGAGGUCCAGAUGAGGACCCUAAGGACCCUGCUGAGGGACAAAAGAAUGGGUCUGACUCAGAGGAGGUCAAUGAAGAAAAUCAAGAUGAAUCUGACUCACAAACUGAUCCAUCAGGUACGCAACAGAACAGAAAUGAAUCAGACAAAUCCUCUGUGAAAAAUGAUGAAGAUAAAGAAGAGGAUCAUCGUGGUCCAGAAGAUGAAAAGUCAAACGAUGAGAGCACUAGUGAGGAUGAAGACAAACAACAGAAAGAUGGAGUGAUCGCUUAGGCCUUUGGAGAAAAUAUGUGGCAAGUUGCUACUAGUUGAUACCUUUCUUUUCUUUUUUUUUUAAUCAAUAACUUAAUCAGUUAAUAAUAAUUAAUAUUAUGAAUGUUGUGUGUGACUAACUGAAUCCUAAAUGUAUUUUUUUAAAGAUGUUUCGACUAAUAAUGCUUCAUGAAUGUUUUUAAAAUAAGAGAAAUGUUUAUUUAAUUAUUAUUAUUAUUAUUAUUAAUGUUUCUUAUGUCAUGCUCAAACUUUUUGAGGUAACAUGAGAGACACGACAAGGAUCAGAAAAAAAAACAGUUUUUUAAUCAUUAGACAAACUUCAUGGUGUAAUGGAAUAAUAUACGACUUAUUGAACAUCCAGCUACUGUCAAAGAAUGUGAUCACACUGAAGGUGCUGAACAUGCCUCUGUAUUCAUAAAGAAUGUUUCAGUCAGAUAUUUGUAUUAACUUGUACUGCCAUUUAUUUUUAAAGAGAUGUUUGUGUCUGCUAAUGAAACUGCUGUGAGGAUAAUAUUUGAAGACUUCUCAGAGCUCAGGGUUUAACUGUCACGACUUUUUGUGCUUUCUUGCAUUAAAUUAGGCGCUUUAGGGAACAGCAGUAUACGUUUUUAUGAUGAAUGUUUUCCAAUGGUCAUUGCACUGAUGAUUAAAAGCUAAUGUGAUUAUUCUAUUUACUGUUUUCUCUCUUACCAAAAACACUCAGUCACUUACUUUUCAUGAACUGCUGUAAUCGUACCGUACAUUUACAGAAGGUCAUUUUAAAGCUGUGAGUAAUGAAAAUGAUUUACAGUUUGAAAUGAUUUUUGUAAAGAAACAUAAAGUUAUUUGUUUGUU